UUCUAUGACGCGUUCUCUGCGACGUCUUUGAGUCACCAGUCACGUGUCUUCACACUUUUUCCGCCCAAUGAAUGCGGGCGACAAUGACACGUGGGACAGCAGAUCGGCCCCGGGAAAAGGCCUGGGUUGAAACGUAGCAUUUGAACUCGCUUUGCGCUUGUCUAUUUCCCACGAGAACUGCUUUCGUCGUCCCUGACACUACCAUCAUUUCUCACAAGGCUUACGAGCAUGGCGUUGCCACCGAAACCACCAACAGCCAACUUCCAUAUUGACACGCAGCUGCUCGCGCGUGUCAAUGAGGCGAGAUUCAAGCUCGCCGUCGACAGGGAGGCCGAGGACUCAGCGGAAAGCCAAUAUAAAGGCAGCAAACGAUUUGCUGUGUACGGUUCUCUUGGUCCGGGAUGUCCGAACCAUUCGAAAAUCUCACACCUGCAGGGCCGCUGGUACCACAACUCCUACGUGACUGGCGAGCUGCUGCAACAAGGUUGGGGCGCUGACAUUGGUUACCCCGGCCUGCAAUGGUCCUUGGAUGGCCCAUCGCACCCUGUUCAAGUCUUGGAAAGCCCGCUUCUCAAUGACAAGGAGUGGUGCCUCCUAGACAGAUUCGAAGGAGCAGGAUACGUGCGGAUUCUUGCACCAAUAGUCACUGCGGAGGAAUCCAUCGUUGCCAACAUCUACGUAGUGGCCAGAGCAUCAGGUGCCUAGCGCGGCCGGAGAA